AUGUCUCUGUAUCCAUCCCUCGAGGACUUAAAGGUGGACAAGGUGAUGCGGGCCCAGGCCCAAGUCGCACAGACAAACACCACCCACGCUGCCAUGCCAGCGAUCACUGAGGGAGUUGACCAGCCGCAGCCACCUACUGCUGGGAUGCCUUCAUCUUGUUUGUAUCCAAAUCUGGAGGAGCUAGGAGAGUACAUGGGCCUAAGCCUCAGCAGUGAUGAGGUGCAGAAGAACUUGGCCUUGUUGCCUGUGUCCAACAAUCAAGUGGCAGUACCCUCCUACUCGGGUGUUGGAGGGAUGGUCUGUCCCGUGACGGGGACAGACGUCGGAAUUAGGAGGGCUGAGGUUCGUCAAGGGCUUCGAGAAAUUAUUCUCUGCAAAGACCAGGACAGCAAGGUCGGACUCCGCCUUAGGGCAAUUGACAACGGAGUGUUUAUCCAGCUGGUGCAGGCCAAUUCCCCCGCUGCCCUGGCUGGACUCCGUUUCGGUGACCAGGUUCUUCAAAUCAAUGGCCAGAACUGUGCUGGUUGGAGUGUUGAUAAGGCCCACAAGGCCCUAAAGGCUGCAGCAGAGACCCGCAUUGAGCUUGUGGUCCGGGACAGGCCAUUUCAGCGCACUGUCACCAUGCACAAAGACAGCUCAGGCCACGUGGGCUUCAUCUACAAGUCUGGUAAAAUCACAUCUUUGGUCAAAGAUGGCUCUGCAGCCCGAAAUGGCCUACUGACUGAACAUUACAUCUGUGAGGUCAAUGGACAGAAUGUUAUUGGACUCAAGGAUUCCCAGAUAAAGGAUAUUCUGAACACAUCCCCAACCGCCAUGACCAUCACCAUCAUGCCCAAGUUCAUCUAUGAGCACAUGAUUAAGAGGAUGUCCACCAGUUUGCUGAAGUCAGCCAUGGAUCACUCCAUUCCAGAGGUGUGA